AUGAGCUGCGCUCUAGCCGGGCGAGCCCGGCGAGCAGCGACCUGUUUGCGGCGCGGGGUUGUGUAUAGUGGGAAAGCGCCGCUGGGGCCCGCGCUCGAGCCAGGUAGACCCGGCGAGCGGCGGGCUGUUAGCAGCGCGCGGUCGUAUCCGGUGUCGUGCCUUAGAGCAGAUCUUCCAAAUGUAGACGACGUACUUCGUAUUCUUCUUCAUGUCCGCCUUAGAGCAGACAGCCUUGAGCAGAAUUAUCGGAUAUUAUUUGUAAUGAAACUUGAAUUUACGUGCCUUCGCAGCGGAGUGCAGGCGUAAAGUUAA